AUGACUAUCAUGAUCACCGCCGAGAAGGAUGGAUACUACGAGGUCAACGGGGCCCGACAGGAGCCUACCGUGUCUCUCUAUAUGACUCCGGCAGCUUCCAAGUUCCGACGCAUGCUCAAAGACACGAAAGACCUCAUUGUAUGUCCUGGCGUGUACGAUGGCCUCUCUGCCCGCAUUGCAAUGGAGGUAGGGUUCAAGGGUCUCUACAUGACUGGUGCUGGAACUACCGCAUCACGCUUGAGAAUGGCGGACCUUGGCCUGGCUCAGCUUCAUGAUAUGAAAACCAACGCUGAAAUGAUUGCGAAUUUGGAUCCAUUUGGCCCCCCGUUGAUAGCGGACAUGGAUACCGGCUACGGAGGCCCUUUGAUGGUGUCAAAGUCCAUACAAAAAUACAUCCAGGCUGGCGUGGCUGGCUUCCAUAUUGAAGACCAGAUCCAGAACAAACGUUGUGGACACCUGCAAGGCAAGAAGGCCGUUGGCCUGGACGAGUACCUCACACGUAUCCGUGCCGCCAAACUGACCAAGGAUCGUCUGCACUCGGGCAUCGUUCUUAUUGCACGAACUGACGCACUCCAGCAACAUGGUUAUCAGGAGUGCAUUCGUCGGCUGAAGGCCGCCAGGGACAUUGGAGCUGAUGUCGGGCUGCUCGAAGGGUUCACCUCGAAAGAGCAAGCCCGACAAGCAGUCCAGGAUCUGGCUCCCUGGCCCCUUCUUCUCAACAUGAUGGAGAAUGGGGCGACCCCUCUCAUCACCACGAAAGAGGCCGAGGAGAUGGGCUUCAGGAUCAUGGUCUUUUCAUUUGCUACAAUAACCCCAGCUUACCAGGGAAUUAAGACGACUUUGCAGCACCUCAAGACAGAAGGAGUUGUAGGUACUCCUGAAGGACUAGGUCCAAGAACAAUCUUCGAGGUCUGCGGGUUGGCGGAUGCCAUGAAGGUUGACACAGAAUCCGAAGGCGAUGGCUUUGCCGAUGGUGUCUAG